AUGCAUGGCAGGAAUGGUGAGCUGGGCGCUGUGUGCCAUGUGGUCAAUGCGGUGCACACAUCUAGCAGCUGUGCAAGGAAAGAGGAAGGGGCCACCGUUGCCUUCACGAUGAAUGUGACGGCACAUAAAUACGCCGGCCUUAUGAAUUGUGGUGGCGUCAAUUUCUCCCCGAUGGAACCAUCCAUCCGCCCGCACGGAGCAGCGAUGCUGACCGGACGGGCAUCUGUCAGUUGCCGCCGCCCCGUGAAGAGAAGGACGAGACAAAAUCUGGUGGGACAACUGCGUCGCAAGUUAAUGCUGAGCCGUCACGUCAGAACGAGGAUUGGCGACGGUCUGCGGUGGCUGACGGACCCAACACCGUCGAUCGGAGUCCCGCAUCCAACACGGCGACCAACACGUCCGAGACGAGGCCUGAGUUUGCCACCAAUCCGAGCGAAGUGA